GAGGGGAGGGAGAGGAGUGCUACACCGACCCCAGCCUCGGAGGCCUCUUCCCCGCGCGGAGAAGGGGGCUCUAGGAGCGCGCGGGCUGGAGAUGGUUUGGGGGAGGCGCGCAGCCCCCCCCCCGGAAGGUGGCUGUGAGGGGCUCCCCGAGGAAGAAGCCGGCCAGGACCCCCAUGCAGCACGCACACACACACUUGUUGGGCGAGCAGCCCUGCUCACUCGGGCGCUUCCUGCUCCUGGCGGGCACCGAGGGCCAGAGGGCUGACAUAUGUGCACGCACACAUCCCUCUGUACAUAUGUGCGCGCACACAUACCUCCCGCACACCAGCGCCCACUGGGGCCCCGUCACUCGCUCAGAAUAAGCUUCGGCGCCUGCAAGCUAAGCAGCUUGGACACACAACACCCCUAAUCCCCCCACCACCCGCCUGGCAGGGCAGCACAACACAAGCGGGGUGACAUUCGGUGACAUGGUGAUACACACAAACACAAUCCGGUCUCCUCAGGCAAGAGUGUUCAGGCCGUCCUUCACCAGAUGGACAUUCCAAACCUGGCCUGGCUCUCAAGAGUCUUCUAAGAAACACACCCUAACAUAAAUUGUGUUGCUUCUUGGCCAGCACAGAGGUAAAGCAUGGAUCUCUCUGGCACCCCUUGACUGCACCUACAUAAACACAACCCAGUGUCUCAGCACACGCCUUGACAGCACACACCCUAACACACUAAGGCACUUAUAGCAGCGCCUCACGGCCACAAACACAGAAUCCAUUGCUUCCCACAUCUUAACACUGGGUGUCAUACACACACCUUACACCAACGGUGUUACCUUACACCUUGCAGCAUAGGCACACAAGCACACACACCGUUCUUCUCCUCAGAGGGCUACUGCUGUAGUCAGAGGAAGCCGUGGACUAACCCCCAGGGCCCCUGAACCUUAAUCGCUACAGUGUUAUGGUAAAUAUCCGCACAGCUGGAAAGCCAGGGGUCGGUGGGACCGACUUCCUUGCGGGCUCCUCCCCCACCGCCACUCCUGGGCUGGGCGGGCCGGGCAUUCCCGGAACAAGCUGGACCUGGCAGGCCGCGCCAUCCCGCCUCCCCGGGCUCUGGGGACCUAGAUCUUGUCGCCGCGGGUGCCAACCUGGGCCUAGCCUCGCGACCCUCCUAGACCAUCUUGCCGCGUUCUCCGAGCCACCUGGGUCCCCCCGCACACCUGGGUCCCGCGCACCUGUGUCCCUUGCACCUGGGCGCGGCCACAAGUGUUUGGCUCUCCUGCUUCUGGAGUCUGACAGGAUGGGGGCCCUGCGGUCCAGGCCAGGCCCUGGGGGGCAGCAGUUGCUGCUGCUGGCACUGCUGCUCCUGCUGGCUCCAUCCUCAGGCCGCACCACUCGGGUUGUGUACAAGGUACUGGAGGAGCAGCCACCCAACACGCUCAUUGGAAGCUUAGCUGCUGACUACGGUUUCCCAGAUGUGGGCCACCUGUACAAACUAGAGGUGGGUGCUCCAUACCUGCGGGUGGACGGCAAGACGGGUGACAUCUUCACCACUGAGACCUCCAUCGAUAGGGAGGGGCUUCGAGAGUGCCAGAACCAGCUCCCUGGGGAGCCCUGCAUCUUGGAGUUUGAGGUGUCCAUCACAGAUCUUGUGCAGAACGGUAGUCCCCGGCUGCUGGAGGGCCAGAUUGAAGUGCAGGACAUUAAUGACAACACGCCCAACUUCGCCUCUCCAGUCAUCACACUGCCCAUUCCCGAGAACACCAACAUCGGCUCCCUCUUCCCUAUCCCGCUGGCCACGGACCGCGAUGCCGGCCUGAACGGUGUGGCGUCCUAUGAGCUGCAGGCUGGGCCCGAGGCCCAGGAGCUGUUUGGGCUGCAGGUGGCAGAGGAUCAGGAGGGGAAGCAGCCACAGCUCAUCGUCAUGGGCAACCUGGACCGGGAGCGCUGGGAUUCCUAUGAUCUCACCAUCAAGGUGCAGGACGGUGGCAGCCCACCUCGUGCCAGCAGUGCCCUGCUGCGAGUCACUGUGCUUGACACCAAUGACAACGCCCCCAAAUUCGAGCGACCCACGUAUGAGGCUGAGCUAUCAGAGAACAGCCCCAUCGGCCACUCGGUCAUCCAGGUGAAGGCCAAUGACUCUGACCAAGGCGCCAAUGCUGAGAUCGACUACACCUUCCACCAGGCACCUGAGGUCGUGCGGCGUCUUCUGCGGCUGGACAGGAACACUGGACUCAUCACCGUACAGGGCCCUGUGGACCGGGAGGACCUCAGCACCCUGCGCUUCUCAGUGCUUGCCAAGGACCGGGGCACCAACCCCAAGAGUGCCCGGGCCCAGGUGGUGGUGACAGUGAAGGACAUGAAUGACAACGCCCCCAGCAUUGAGAUUCGGGGCAUAGGGCUAGUGACACACCAGGAUGGCAUGGCCAACAUCUCAGAGGACGUGGCGGAAGAGACUGCAGUGGCUCUGGUACAGGUGUCCGACCGAGAUGAAGGAGAGAAUGCAGCUGUCACCUGUGUGGUGGCAGGGGACGUGCCCUUCCAGCUGCGCCAGGCCAGCGAGACGGGCAGUGAUAGCAAGAAGAAGUACUUCCUGCAGACCACCACCCCACUCGACUAUGAGAAGGUUAAGGACUACACCAUUGAGAUUGUAGCAGUGGACUCCGGCAACCCUCCGCUGUCCAGCACCAACUCCCUCAAAGUGCAGGUGGUGGAUGUUAACGACAAUGCACCCGUCUUCACGCAGAGCAUUACAGAGGUUGCCUUCCCGGAAAACAACAAGCCAGGGGAAGUGGUUGCCGAGGUCACAGCCAGUGAUGCUGACUCAGGCUCCAAUGCCGAGCUGGUCUACUCUCUGGAGCCAGAGCCAGCUGCCAAGGGUCUCUUCACCAUCUCACCUGAGAGUGGAGAGAUCCGGGUGAAGACAUCCCUGGAUCGGGAGCAGCGGGACAGCUACGAGUUGAAGGUGGUGGCAGCUGACCGGGGCAGCCCCAGCCUCCAGGGCACAGCCACUGUCCUCAUCAAUGUGCUCGACUGCAAUGACAAUGACCCCAAAUUCAUGCUGAGUGGCUACAACUUCUCAGUGAUGGAGAACAUGCCAGCACUGAGUCCUGUGGGCAUGGUGACUGUCAUUGACGGGGACAAAGGGGAGAAUGCCCGGGUGCAGCUCACUGUGGAGCAGGACAACGGCGACUUUGUCAUCCAGAAUGGCACGGGCACCAUCCUCUCCAGCCUGAGCUUUGAUCGCGAGCAGCAGAGCACCUACACCUUCCAGCUGAAGGCUGUGGAUGGCGGAGUUCCACCUCGCUCAGCUUACGUGGGUGUCACCAUCAAUGUGCUGGAUGAGAACGACAAUGCGCCCUUUAUCACCGCCCCAUCCAACACAUCCCACCGGCUGCUGACCCCCCAAACGCGGCUGGGCGAGACGGUCAGCCAGGUAACAGCGGAGGACAUUGACUCCGGUGUAAAUGCCGAGCUCACCUAUAGCAUCGCUGGGGGUAACCCUUAUGGGCUCUUCCAGAUAGGGUCCCAAUCCGGUGCCAUCACGCUGGAGAAAGAGAUUGAGCGGCGUCACCAUGGGCUGCACCGCCUGGUAGUGAAGGUCAGCGACCGUGGCAAGCCCCCGCGCUAUGGCACCGCCUUGGUGCACCUGUAUGUCAAUGAGACCCUGACCAACCGCACGCUGCUGGAAACCCUGCUGGGCCACAGCCUGGACACCCCGCUGGACAUCGACAUCGCUGGGGACCCUGAGUAUGAGCGCUCCAAGCAGCGUGGCAACAUUCUUUUUGGCGUGGUGGCCGGUGUGGUGGCCGUGGCCUUGCUCAUCGCCCUGGCUGUGCUUGUGCGCUACUGCCGGCAGCGGGAGGCCAAGAGUGGCUACCAGGCUGGCAAGAAGGAGACCAAGGACCUAUAUGCCCCCAAACCCAACAGCAAAGCCUCCAAGGGCAACAAGAGCAAAGGCAAGAAGAGCAAAUCCCCUAAGCCUGUGAAGCCAGUGGAGGACGAGGAUGAGGCAGGGCUGCAGAAGUCUCUCAAAUUUAACCUGAUGAGCGACGCCCCCGGAGACAGUCCGCGGAUCCACCUGCCCCUCAACUACCCACCAGGCAGCCCUGACCUGGGCCGCCACUACCGCUCCAACUCCCCACUGCCUUCCAUCCAGCUGCAGCCCCAGUCACCCUCCGCCUCCAAGAAGCACCAGGUGGUGCAGGACCUUCCACCGGCAAACACAUUCGUGGGCACCGGGGACACCACGUCCACGGGCUCCGAGCAGUACUCCGACUACAGCUACCGCACCAACCCCCCCAAAUACCCCAGCAAGCAGUUACCUCACCGCCGAGUCACCUUCUCUGCCACCAGUCAGGCUCAAGAGCUGCAGGACCCGUCCCAGCACAGCUACUAUGAUAGCGGCCUGGAGGAGUCAGAGACGCCAUCUAGCAAGUCGUCCUCAGGGCCCCGACUCGGUCCUCUGGCCCUGCCUGAGGACCACUAUGAGCGCACCACCCCCGACGGCAGCAUCGGAGAGAUGGAGCACCCCGAGAACGACCUGCGCCCUUUGCCCGAUGUCGCCAUGACAGGCACAUGCACCCGGGAGUGUAGUGAGUUUGGUCACUCCGACACGUGCUGGAUGCCUGGCCAGUCAUCUCCCAGCCGCCGGACCAAGAGCAGCGCCCUCAAACUCUCCACCUUCGUGCCUUACCAGGACCGAGGAGGGCAGGAGCCUGCGGGCACCGGCAGCCCCAGCCCCCCAGAAGACCGGAACACCAAAACGGCCCCUGUGCGCCUCCUGCCCUCCUACAGUGCCUUCUCCCACAGUAGCCAUGAUUCCUGCAAGGACUCGGCCACCUUGGAGGAAAUCCCCCUCACCCAGACCUCGGACUUCCCACCUGCCGCCACACCGGCAACUGCCCAGACGGCCAAGCGCGAGAUCUACCUGUGAGCCCCCUUCUGGUUGGCGGCCAUCCCCUCCCCGACCGCCGGCCAGCUCCCACAUGGGCCCAUUCAGGGGGCCUCCACUCCCGCCCUCUCCAGUGUGGACUUCCCGGUCAGGACCCCAAGUGGGGGGGAGUACUGGCCUCACAACCACGCUGGCCCUUCCUCCAUGCAGGGUCCAGGUCCUCACCUCACUUCCUCCCCCAAUGUUCCCCCCUCUUCAGCCCUUUCUUCCCCUUUUAGGGGGCUUCCCACAGCUGAUGCCCAAGAGGGUGCCUCUACAAUGAGUAGGCUCCCUUCCCUCGACUUCCAGGGAGCACCCCCUCACUUUGGGCAGAUGAUGGGGUCAAAAGUGGGCAGAACAAACACUUCCAACAGUGCUUCCCAUAUGGCCGACCUAGGCUGGGACAGGCUGCACCCCAAUUCCAGUCCUGCAGCAGGGCUGAAAUGGGGCAUCCCUCUCCCUGGGAAUGCCCAGAGGGAAACUCUUGACCUCCAGGGGCUCCCUGAAGGGCUUUUGUUACCAAAGUGAGGUGGGAGUGGGGUGGGAGUGGGGGGCAUAGGCCUUGUCUUCCCAUACUGCUCCUGGGCUGGCCCACCUGCCUGCCACACACCCCAGCCUGGUCCCACCUGGGCCCCCAUCCCUGCUGGUCAUGCAGUGUCUGUAUAUAAGGACCUUGGAAUGAUGUCCCCAUUUCUGCCUGAUUUGCAACUUUUCUUGUUGAUGUUGUGUUGUCUUGGGGGACCCCUCUGGGGGGGACCUGCCCUGUGCCCCCUCCUCCCUGCCGCAGUGCCCCCCACCCCAGGCCUCUAUUGUUCCAUGUUGUAAAUACCCCUGGGGCCGUGGUGGGAUGGGGGUGCAGGCCAGGGAAACAAAGGGUGGGUGGGGGAGGGGUCGGGGGUAACAUUCGCCUAUCAGCAGAGCUGGGCUUUUAUUUAAUUUUUUUUAAAGAUACAAAUCUCUAUUUUUUUGGAACUGUUGCGCUGUGCCCUGGGGGGGGGGGAAUCCCCGCUCAGGCUGGCCCCCCACAACCAGAUGAGCAUCAUAGAGGGGCCCUAAGGCUGUGGGGGGCAGCUGGACAGGUGGGAUGACUGUGCCUCUGGCCUGGUUGGGUGAGUUGGGAGCAGGAAGGUUACUCAGGGGGUGGCUGGCUGCUGCCCCCAUAUUGGGGGACCUGUACCCUGCCCCCACCCUGCCCCCCACCCCCCAGCCCCUGCCAUGACUGACCCUUCAGCCUGUAAAACCACCAUUGCCUUGAUCUCAGGGGGUGGGAAGGGCUGCCCCAGGGCAUCCUGGGCUCCAGGCCCCCCUUCUUCCAGUUGGGCUUCCCUUUGCUAGGGUCAAGGGUCCCGUGGGGGAAAAGGGGAUCUGGGAGCCAGCCGAGAAGCCCAGUCAGCCAUGAUGAGGUAGGAUUCCUUCCUUCACCUCAGGGGGCCAGGGUGUGGGGGCCAUCCUGCAGAGCCCCUGUCUCCCACUGUGGCCAUCUCAAAGCCUCAGUCCCUCUUCCUUCCAGAAACCCCCACUGCCUUGGCCCAUACCUCUCCAGCUCCCCAGGGGCCCAGGCUGGAAGGCUGGAGACUCAGGGUAUGGCCCUUGCUUGACUAAGCUUGGGGUUGGGGGGAGGGGGGCAGCCCAAGUGUGAGAGGGGUAAGUCUAGGCUGCUGGGUCAUCUGGUGCCUUUGGGAGCUGUGCUGCUGAGGUCUUGACUCCUGGAACCCUGGAAGACCCCCACCUCCACCCCAGAAAAGCCAGGGAGCUGGAGAACCACCCUAUUCUCUGCUUCCUACCCCUGACAUGGGCUUGGGGUAACAGUGCUGGGAAAGAAAGCUUUGUAAAGCUGGUGGCCCUGGUGUACACAGCUCUUCUGUGGUGGGCUGGGGUGGCAGCAGUCAGGUCCUGGGGUUGGCCAAAGGCUUCUUUCCCUGGGGGAGGCCCCAGAGUGGGCCGGGGCUGGUCCCAGAGACAGCCCCUUCCCCCUGCACAAACGGGGCAGGUGCAAUAGUGAUAUAGUUGGUGACAGGAGGUGCCUGGAUGGUGAGGCAGUGGCCUCUAAGACUGUCUGGGCCCUGGAGGUGAGAAUUCUGGCAAGAAGAUUGUAUGAGACCCCUCUGCUUUUGUAGAGAAGGUGGUUCAGACAGGAGGCAUUCCCAAGCUCAGUGGACUCCCCUGCUUGCCCAGAAUUCUUCAGUGGCCAGGGUUCCCUGCUGCCCUGGCCCUGGAGACCCCGGAGCACUGAGUGGAAGGGUGGAGGAGCACUUUGCACAACGGAGAAGCCAGAGGAAGGGGUGGCCCAGAGGGCUGGGGGAGGGGGCCUAGAAGCACAGAGGAGGGGCCCACCCCACAGGUAAAGGCAGGGUCCUCAGCCCCCUGGUUGGGGUCAGGGUCAGUCUGUCACCAUCUGGGCACUAAAGAGGUGAAACCAAAGGUGGGCAGGGGGUAGGCGACUGUACUGAGGACCAAUCCCUGUUGGUCCUAGAUCUGUGAAGCCCUUCCCCAAUGUCUUGUGUCGUGUACAGUUUUAUGUACAAACAGGCGACAUUUGGCCAGAGGAGAUCCCUGUCAAACCCAGCCUGACCCAGUCAGUGUCUUCCUAGAGUGGACCCAGAGUUGUCCCCAUUCCCCUACUUAAGAGCAUGUCUCUAGUUAGGGGGAGGGUACUCGGGGACAUAUUUCUCUCCUAGGGUCCCUGAAGCAGAGUCUCACAUCCUAGGGGGGAGGGUCUCUGGGGGAUCCUUCACCUCUGGGGGCUCCCUAGCCCCUGUCUCUCCCCUUGGGAGUCUCUGGGGGGGUGACAUGUAUUCCCGCUGGGGAUCGAGUCUCCCCCUACCCAGGCUCUCUGGAGAGCCUGCUUUCCUCCCGGGUUUCCCCGGGAGUACAUAAGGCAUGUCAGCCUCGGGCCUCCCCUCUUCCCAGGGAAGGGGGCUCUUUCUGAAGCAAGUCCGGAAGGACUGUUUCUCGGUCCCCCACUUCUCCCCUGGGGGUGUCUGAUCUGCAGCACUUUGGGCUGAGACUGGGCAGCUCCCAGUUGUCUCUUCUAGGGGCCUGGGGCAGGUCUGUCUCCUGAGGGCCUGGCCCUGGAACCAUUUCUUCCCUGGGUAGAGGCCCGCCUCCUGGUGAAGGGGGGGGGGGCUCUCCAGUUGGCCAUGAGAAAGUCUCUUUAGGGGGCAUCUCCACGUGGGACUUCUCUGGGAGGGGGGACUGUGUCUCGCCCCAGGGGUUCCCCGGGUGCGUCUACCCGCGGGGAGGGGGAGACUGUGUCUCCUCGGGUUAUCUGAGUAGGGAGGGGGGCCGUGUCUCUCUCGUGUGUCUGGGGGAGGGUGGGUCAGGGAGGGGGGAUUCCGGGUGCCCACACUGGGGUCGUGUUUCUCUUGGUUCGUGCCACUUCCCACCGCCUCGCUCCUCCCGGGAAGGGCCCCGCCCCGCCCCAUUCCACCCCACCCCCGUCCCCGGCGCUGCGAGCACAAUCCCGUUGAUUUGUAAUGAUUUCUGUCUCUUUCUGUCUUUCUCUUCCUCUGACCUCGCCCCCCCCCCAAUCCCGCCGCGAGCAUGCGCAGGCACCGCCCCCACCCCCUCCGGUUCGGUUCGUUUCCGGUUUGUUUGCUGAGCUGUCAAUGAAAGACCCGUGUAAUUAUUCCCGAGCUUUACAAUAAAAGUGUGAAAACCGGA